AUGAAAUUAAGGAUAACGAAACAAAAGAAUGCAAAGAUAAACAUAGUGAAAUUUAAAAGGAAGACUAAAAUGAAAAUCAAGAAUAAAAAAAUGAAAACCUUGAAUAAGAAGAAAAUGAGUAGAUUAUUGGAGAUGUUAAAAAUAAUAACUCAUACAAGCAUAGCCAUGUUAAAUAAAAUGAUGGAGAUCAAGCAGUAGAUGCUUAAUCUUAGUAGUUCUCAUAAAUAAAAGACCAAUCUAAUGAGGAUUAAGAAACAAAAGAAUGCAAAGAUAAACAUAGUGAAAUUUAAAAGGAAGACAAAAAUGAAAAUCAAGAAUAAAAAAAUGAAAACCUUGAAUAAGAAGAAAAUGAGUAGAUUAUUGGAGAUGUUAAAAAUAAUAACUCAUACUAGCCUAGCUUUGUUAAAUAAAAUCAAGGAGAUCAAGCAAUAGAUCCUAAAUCUUAGUAGUUCUCAUAAAAAAAAGACCAAUCUAAUGAGAUACUUGGUGAGUCCUAAAUUAAAAAAGUGA